GUGAUUGUUGUCUUUUUACAUUCACACAACCAAAGAGGAUCCAACUGAUCGUAAACAGUAGAAAAGCACUUUAGAUAGAAUCGAACAUUGAAUAAAAAGAGAUCACAAGUUUGCAAAACAGUCAGGUUUUCUAUGAAGCCUUUCUACCUUGUACCACGGCAUCGUUUUGUUUACGCACGGCUGACUCUUUUCUAGGUCAUGUUUAGACGAAAGUGUUUCUUAAGUUUAACAUAUCAAUAAUACGUCGAUAGUGCAAUGAUCUGUUCGAAGCACAAUGAAUGUGAAUGAAGCGUUUCAAAAGAGCUUAUCAGAGGCUUUUACGUCACUUGCAGACUACAUAUUUCAUCAGAAGUAGAGAAAGGAAAAAUCAAUUCUUAAUCAUAAUGCUGUAACGUCACCUAGUGAGAGUCGAGGCGUUAGUAUUUUGUAGGAAUGUGUGUUUUGGGAUCGAAACCCUUAUUAUCGAGACGAAAAAAACAGUAAUUAUAAUCUAAACCUGACAAUGGGCUCCGUAGCCGAGGAAUUGAUAGCUUUGAACAAUGACACCGUGCUUAACUCAAUAUUCAGUUUUGUCGGACAGUACGUCGACUUAAACUACUCGAUAUGGCUCUAUAGGCUUUUGACACCCUUAUUGGUUACAUUCGUACUGCCCUCAUUCUUUGUGCUACUAAUUUACUUAUCCAUUUCGUUCCUUUAUGUAUACAAAUUACACAGUCGGUUUAUACUGCAAGUUUACAAUGAUGGAGACUUUGACUUCUGGGAUGUCGCACGAACUCUUGUCGCCGUGGUGUGGGAUGCUCACGGAUGGAUAUUCCACGGCUAUGAGGUUUGCGGAAUGGAAAACCUGCCGGAGAGCGGACCCGCAUUAAUCAUUUACUACCACGGUGCUAUUCCCAUCGAUAUGUACUACUUAGUAGCUCGAGUGUACCUCAAGCGAUCAAGACUGAUUUACACCGUCGGUGAUCGUUUUCUGGGGAAACUGCCCGGUUGGGCCUGCCUAGCACGGGUUAUGAAAAUCAGCCCUGGUACGGUGCAAUCCUGCGCAAAUGUCUUAAAGGAGGGUAACAUGCUAUCAAUUGCUCCUGGAGGUGUGUACGAGGCUCAAUUUGGAGACAGUAACUAUGAGUUGCUGUGGCAACGGCGUGUAGGAUUCGCUAAAGUGGCCAUCGAAUCAAAGGCGCCCAUCAUUCCCAUGUUUACGGAAAACCUUCGCGAAGGAUUUCGCUCGAUCGGAUUCGCCAAACGAUUAUUCAUACGGUUGUAUAACAUUGUCCGGUUCCCGGUUCGGCCAGUAUACGGCGGGUUUCCGGUUAAAUUUCGCAGCCACCUUGGCAAACCCAUCUAUUACGAUUCUUCACUAACGCCAGAACAGCUGCAGGAGAAAGUAGCAUACGCUAUCGAGGAGUUGAUCAACAAAAAUCAACGGCUGCCCGGCAGUAUACUGCAUGGACUGGGGGAUCGCUUCAUAAGCAAACAGAAAAACCAGUGAACAAGCACGUUUAGUAUAAGGGGACUGGAACAAAAUACGUGGUAUUUGUACUUAAAUAAAGCUUUAAAGUAUAAGGUGUGUUUGCCGUUUAAAA